AUGCAUCUUCUCAAAUCCUUGACGGCUCUAGUCGGGAAGUCCAUCUGUUGGCCUAAUCUGAAGACCAAUAUCAUACCCCUCACACACGCAGCAUUCUUGCAGGCACUGAAUGAUGCGCUGGCGAUGGAUGGGUGGCCGGAGGACGAUCAUGCAAUUCCAUUCAUCCCACCCGAUACAUCCAAGUUAGGCCAUCUCAACAAGCAACCUGAUUGGAUAUCAACUGCGUCGAAGCGCCCUCGGGAGGUGUAUGAGAAUUCAGUAUUGCAAUCGGUGAACUUGUUGGAAAAUUCCCAUGUGCUGAAGAAGUUGAAGAGCUCUCACGGUUCAGCCUUGAGCUAG